CAACAUAAAUUGAUGUCGCAAAUUUGUUCUAUGAAUUAUGCAACAGACAUAUAAUGUAAUGCUGUAAAUGAAAUUAUCAAUGAAAUUAUCAUUUACAGCCAGGAAACUGAUGUAGUAGGCUUUACAAUCAGGAGAGGGCUAUUUUAAACAGAGGGACACAAUAAAUAUGAUAUGACUAUUUAGGGUUAGGGCUGUGGCAAGAGUUUUGAGGCACGGAAUACAAGGUAUUGGUUUAAGAUAAAAACUCUAUAAAGAAAGUCACAGGUGUAUUUGUACAUUUGAAAGAAUGUACAAUUAAAACGUACCAAAUACGUUAAAGGAAACAUUAAAAUAUUAAGCUUGUCCAUAGUAAUAUGUGGAAAUCAGUGCAGCCAGCUACAAUAUCUUUACGUGAGUAUAAAGAAUAUUUUGUGGAGACAAAGAACCAAGCAGAUGUUACACGGGUGGUCGUAAAGUGCGAUUUAAAACAAGAUAGAAUUCUAAGGUGUGUUGAUACUUUUUGAUCAUAAUAAAACCUACAUGUGUUUCAUGGCGGACCAAUGAAACAAUUUUUCCAGUGAACUUAAAUGGCAUAAUGCAUUUAUUUACUCAACAACCUGGCCUUAUGUCAGUUACAGCAAGGUCCAUCGUGGGGGAGAAAAUAAAGGAGAAAAUGCAGAGCUUCAACUUGCAAAAGAAUUAAAAGCUUUGCUGUCAGAUGAUAAGUUAUUGUGGAAAGGAGAGUUUACAUUAAAGGUAGGAAAUUGAUAUUUUACAUAAUCACCACAAAUAUAAGUGUGGAAACCAAAUUGUUAGUUUUUUUUGUAACAGCCAAGUGAUGAGAAUUCAUUUAAAAAAGUUGAAUUGUUUGAUAGAUAAUGGUGAACAAGAGUCCAAGCAUCAUCAGUGCGGAGCAUUUCACACAAGUAUAUCGACAGUUGCGUGGAAAAGUGGGAAGUCACUGUAGAGGAAUGGCAAUCUCAUUCGCACAUCCCUGUCACUAUGCCAACCAGCGUGCACUUACCAACCUUCAUAGAGCAGGAAUUAAAUUACAAGUUUUGAAUUUGGAAGAAAUAUUGUUGGAAGCAUUGAAAGACUGCUUCAGCAACAUUAAAGGUCUGGAGAGAUGUAACAUUGAGAAGCUAAGAGGGUUAACUGUUAUGUUAGACCACACCAUGCUCAGGACGGCACAUUAUAUGUUGCUUAAUGCAUUUCAAAUCAAUAUGGUAACUUUGGGGGGAUAUUAUAACGGUGCAACUCCGGCAAAAGAUGAAUAUGUGAUAAAGCUGGAACAAGAUAUGAAACGGUUAAUGAGAAGCAACAGCAAAAACAGGAAACCUAAAGAGGUCAAGUCAGGCCACCCAUGCAAUACAGAAAUAAAGGAGGAUAAACAAAAUGAAAAAGUUGUUCAAUUCCAUACAAGAAACAAGAUGUCAGAUUUACUUGGAGGAGAAGUCGCAAAUCAGAGUAAUAAAGGAUCUAUGUUGGUGGAAAACAUGAAUGCUGGUGUUGGAUUAGAUUUUGAUUGUUAUAAAGAAUUUCUCUUGAUUGGAUGUGGUGUAAACAAAGUACCAAGAAAUAAACCAAUUGAAGGACGUUGGUUGGUGGAAUGUUAUGAUGACCACACAUCUGUGUAUCAAGAUUCGGGACUUAUUUAUAAAACCACAGUGGGUGCUGGUUUGGAGGUUCAAAUGACCGAAAUAUUUGAGAAGAUAAAAGAUAAAAUGCUAGACUCUGAAGGUAUUAGGGUGAAGAAUGAGAUUGUGUUAGCAAGUUUUCCUGAUAAAACGAACAGCACACAGCUGAUGGUGGCACUUGCAGAAAAACUUGAAAAAGAAUUAAAACUCCCAGUUGAUAUGCAAGUAUGUAGGUGCUCCACUGUGGAGAGCAUGAAUGUACCUUGUAAAGAGACAAUGAGGCGAUUGUUCCUCAACAAUGAAGAUUCAAACUUAACAAAGAGUGUGAGAGUGUUGCACGCACACGAUGUGUUCAACUUCUUGUUUCAAGAUUUAAAGAAAUUCUUGAUCAACUUUCACAUGGUGGUGCCAGAGAGAGGUAUUCAUGUAACAGUACAAGAGAACGAAUUGAAUUCAGCAAUGAAUCUACUACUAAAUGCAGUACAAGUAUGUGAUAACACACAGCCCUAUAACAAAUGCAGGUUAACCGACACAAGAAAUCCUGAUAAACUAAUAGAUUUGCAUCAUAAAACCAAGUCAACUCUUCUACAAGCCAUCAUAGGCUAACUUAACUUUACCAGUGCACAUUUUUACUAUACAGUAAUAUAAUUCAAAAACAGA